AUGAGCGCACCAUCAGGUCCGCCACGUGCCCCAUGGCGCGAUCUCCUUGGCUCUCAUAUCGAGCAAACACCUGGAUGUGAAUUCACAAUUGCAACAAUUGGCUACAAUGCUCAACAGCAUCCUGUACCUCGCCUGCGGACUUGCGCCUGUCGUGGUUUCUUCCCAGAACUCGAGCUCAACGCUAAGGGCCAGGAAGCUAUGGAUCAGCAGGUGGAAGGCGGUGCUAAUCCACCUGUAUUCGAAAGUGACAUGCUGUCAUUUACCACUGAUGCUCGGAUGGACAAGCUUCCUCAACUGGAGUCCUCGGGUCAUGCGACUGAGGUUGUAUUCUGGCUGAAGGACCUCAUGACUCAGUGGCGUGUCAAGGGGACGGCAUAUGCAAUUGGCAACCCAAGUGGAGAAGAUACAGAGGAAGAGAAGCUAUCCCGAACUGAGAUAAAAAAGGGAUUGAGAGUAAAGGGGAAUAAUGACAGUGACAUUGCGAAAUGGACAUGGGAAAAGGCUGUCACAAAGUAUUUUGCAAAUCACUCCCCUAUCGCAAGAGGUUUCUUCCGAUCCCCUCCCCCUGGACAACCUAGAUCCUCAACUCCUAGCCAACUAGAUCUCAAGCUAGGUCAAAAAGUUCUGGACCUUCAUGACCCUGUUGCACGGGCAAAUUUCCGAGUCGUCAUCAUUCGGCCCGAAGAGGUUGAGUGUUUAGAUCUUACUGAUCAAGAGAACGGCAAAAGAUGGAACUGGACGUUGAUUGACGGAAGCGAUGGUUCUCGGUGGGAUGAAGCCGAGUUGUGGCCGUGA